CUCACCCUCUCCUCUUCUCCUCUCCCCCUUUAUAGCCGCUGCGCAGCGUUGAUCCUUCAUUCAUCCAUCGCCAACGACGCACAAUCACAAUCCCUCGUCUCGCGGGUUCAUCGAUCAUCUGCAGCUUCCUUUUCCUUCGUCUGGUCUGAUCUUGAUCGGCAUGGACGCGUACGUGCUGUUCCGCCGCGCCGCGGGGAUGAUGAUGGUGGCGCCGCCCAGGGCCGCCGCCUACGACGAGCAGGACGAGGACAUCGGAUCCGCGUCCGACUCAGAGUGCACGUCGCGGAGCUCGGCCUCGGCGGCCUCCUCUUCCUCCGACCUCGCCGACGACGCCAGCUCCUCCUCGUCCUCCUCCAGCUCCGGUGACCACUUCGAGAUGUCCGCCCUCAUGACGCAGCUCCCCAUCAAGAGGGGAUUGUCCAUGUUCUUCGACGGCAAGUCGCAGUCGUUCGCGUCGCUGGCGGCCGUGGCCUCCCUGGAGGACCUGGCCAAGCCGGCCAAGAAGCGCCUCAAGCCGUCGCGGAGCUGCGAGGGCGGCCUGGACGCGCACCGUGGCAGGUUCCUCUCGCCGCGCCGGCAUUGCCCCAAGGCCGCCGCCGCCGCAAGGAAGGCGUCCGCGAGGGCCGCCCUCUCGCUGCUCGGCACCUCGCCCAGGACGGCCAGGCUGGCCGCCAACGCCAUCAUCCUUGGUUAGGAGUUUUGGCUUGGCUUGGAUCGCCGAGCGUCUCCGCGGCCGCCUGUUUCUGUUGUCUGUAUAUACAGACUGUGGAGGCUUGUGCUGUUCCACUGUUGGUGUUCGUGUUAUUUGUAGAGGGAGAUUGUAUUAGGAACCCACGGCUGAAUUAGAAUGGUUACUUCAAUGGAAAUACCAUGCAGCUUCAGCACGUUCUGGCUUGAA